UGGUAACCUUUCCACAACUAAGUGGCCCAGUCAGAAAGCAGGCUGGGCCAGCUUCACCCUUCACAGCACAAAGACUCGAGUUUAGCUGUUUGCAGUCCCUGGAGUUGCUUAGAGAUCAUAAACAGUGCUCAGGCCAGGGUGAAGGAUGUGCGGCUGCACCUCUAGUUCUGGGAACACUAGGUCAUACUCUUUAAAACAACCAGAGGCUUCUUCUGCCAAAGACGCAACUUCAAAGCCAAGGAAAAUGCCCAAACGCAUUCCCAUAUCCAAGCAGCUGGCUGCUAUCAAGGCUCUGGGGAAAGGUUCUGAUCUAGAGAAAGCUGUUACUACAUUAGUCUUAGUGUACAAUAAUGCUGCAGACGCUGAGGGGAAACUCAUCAAAUCUGAAGCUAAAAAGUUACUACAAACUCAGUUUACACACUUUAUACAGGGACAAGAAGAGAAGCCAAAAUAUCAGGAAAUCCUUGCCAGUUUCGACGAGAGCAAAAAUGAACCAAUUGACUUUGAGGAUUUUAUGGUUCAGACACUUAGUAUCACUCUGAUGUCGGAUCUCUUGGAAGAUAUAAAAAAAUGUACCAAAAAAUGAAUUACUAAGAAGACUGGAUUGAACUGUGAAGAAAAAGUUGAUAAAAAUAUACUUUUACAGGAAGUUCUAGAACUGAAGAUUGACCAUUGGUAGUCUUAACAGAAUCAUGGAUUUGCAGAAAUUACCAGGGGGUCAAGGUAGAAGUCUUAUCCAAUUUUGGUUAUCAAAGAGCAGGCAAGAAACUAUCGGCCCACUGCUAUGCAUGUUGA